AUGAAGACAACUUCAGCGCUCACAAUUUGGGUGCUCACCCUUCUGCCCCCAACCACCGCCUAUGAUGGCGAUGUUGGUGUAGCCGGGCCCCCAAAUGAUAUGAGUGUGGAGGAGUGGGAGUCUUACUUCAAAAAGCCCAAUGCUACCGGCACCUACACUUUUGACGCCUAUAAUGUCUCGGGGCCCUUCCCGCCCAAGGAGACGGUGGGUGGCUGGAAAGCAACUAUUGCAGUGGCCGCCAACGUCACCGGAGACGAAGACCACAGCUACCCAGGAACUAGCAUCAGUAUCACGGCACCUGAAGAUAUGAAACUGCCUGCGAUAAACAAUAGCCGCCGUUCUAACGAAUCCGACUGGCACGUGUGCGUCGCCUUCUGGACACCCAAAGCGCUGGAUGACGACGCUAUCGAUGACGGCCAGGAUGACGACGGCUCUUGCAGUUCAUUUCUCUCCGACGAUUGCAUCGAAGCUCUAGACAGAGAGGGAAAUAUGUAUUUUUGGAAUAGUACGGACAAUAAUGGGUGCGGGCUUUUGCCCGAUAUUCCUGAACAAUGUGAGGACUACUUUAGUGACGACGCCAGCACGUACGGCUUUUCAUUGGGCGCAAACCUCAGCUUGCUUGAUGGCAAGCCACUGAUAGCCGUACGCCCCGGCCCUACCGGCCUCGGAGUAGAUGAGGACGAGGCUUAUGAUAAUGCGGUGCGUGGUAUCUGGACUGUUAUAGUCAACUGGGGUCGCCGCGAUCCCACGGAGUGGAGAACUCCGGACGAGAUGCCGGUUGCUUCUUUGUUGUGUUUGCGGGCUAGUAAUGUCACCGAGGGAAGUGUGAAUCCCAAUGCUGCUGAGAGACUAGGGCUUGACGGUACCUUUGCUUUGUUUAUUGCACUAGUCGCCUCGAGUUUCUUAGUGUAUUAA